GGGUUUUUUCUCAGCCCCACAAAUCCAGUCCAGCUUGUUAGAGUAUCCGCUGUGUGGCGCGACAGCCAGCAAAACAAUGAGACAGUUGGCCCUACAACAACAUUUAUAAGAGUGGGGAUUAUUUACAUGAAGUAUUUUUUCACGUAUCGUGUGGACCUGAAUAUUUAGUUUUGCUUUGAUAUUCAGAAGAUUGCUGUCUGGAUAGAAGGGACAUGAAAGGCGCCUGACAGUGUACAGGUUCAUGUUUGGAGUACAAGAAUCCCCUGUUUUUGGGAACUGUGGGGUUCCUGUGUGGGACUAGAAGAUCAUGCUCCGUCCUGGCGGAGAGCGAGAUUUCCAGACGUCGGCUAGAAGGAUGGGGACAUCUCUGCUCUUCCAGCUGUCGGUUCACGAGAGAGAGUUGGAUCUUGUGUUCCUCGACCACAGCUAUGCCAAACCCUGGAAUGCCCACCCGGACGCCAGCAGUGCACGGCCCACCCGCAUGCUGUUUGUCACCCCUCGACGGCAGCCUGAACCCUCUGUUGAUUCAGACAUUUCCAUAGACGUGGAGACGGUCACAUCCACUCCUGUGCCCCUCUACGACAACCAGAAAGCACGCAAUGUAAUGAACGAGUGUGAUCGCCAUGUUUUGUUCGCCCGAACUGUUGCUGAUGGACCGCUUCCUCCAGACGAUUGGGAAGAACAUAUCAACAAGGCUGGCUGGUCUUUGGCUCAAAACAAGCUUUUUAACAAAGUAUUGAAGGCUCUACAGGCUGAGAGACUGGGCAGAUUGGCCAAUGAUGGGGCCUGUAAUGAACCUGUCUUAAGGAGGAUAGCUGUGGAUAAAUGUGCUGGUAAGGUACGACACGCUCUGGCCAGCGUCAACUGGGAUAUAAAGCUGACUCAGUGGCUUCAUAGCACAAUGGUGGAGUCUCUCAGUCUUUCAAUGCUCGCUGCUUACCUUGAUGUGCUACAGACACUCAAAAGCAAGGUACCGUCAUUGAUUGACAGGAUGUUGCUGUCAUCUUCAGUGAAAACUGGAGCGGCAGGGGCUGAGGCUCUUUCUCUGCUAUUAAAGCGCCCGUGGGACCCCGCCGUGGGUGUAUUGUCACAUAACAAACCUAGUAAACUUCCUGGUUCCCCUCUGAUCCUGAUAGCUCCAUCAGGACCGACCAACCCAGCCUUCUCUACCUCUCGACGAAUGAGAUUCUGGCAAUCUCAGCUGUCCUGUCUCGGGAAGGUCAUUCCCAUUAACAUUCAUGUGGGCAGUGGUGCCAACAUCAGCAUCGCGCAGUGUGUAGAGCAUAUGAUUGGCACAGUUAGAGGAAAGGUUAUCGAGGUUCACAGUCACUUUCCUCACAAGCCGAUCAUUCUGGUGGGCUGGAAUGUGGGAGCAUUGAUCGCUUGUCAUGUUUCCCUCAUGGAGUACUUGACAGCUGUAGUGUGUUUGGGUUUUCCUCUUCAGACCGUCAAUGGGCCACGAGGGGAUGUUGAUGAUCCAUUGUUGGACAUGAAGACUCCAGUGCUGUUUGUGGUCGGUCAGAAUGCGCUGCAGUGCAGCUCUGAAAACAUGGAGGAGUUUAGGGAAAAGAUUCGAGCCGAUAACAGCAUGGUAGUUGUCGGCGGGGCUGAUGACAACCUGAGGAUAAACUCCACUAAGAUGAAAACAGAGGGUUUGACCCAGACCAUGGUGGAUCGUUGUAUUCAGGAUGAGAUUGUGGAUUUUCUGACCGGAGUUUUGACCCGUACUGAUAGCCACGGUCAUGGCUCGGGUGAGACGCGUGACUUGGAUGCAGAAAAAAAAAAGAAGACACGUCGUGAACUCCCCUUUGACCUUGAAAGAUCGCGCCCAUCUUCACCUGCUGUAAGGGAUAUGUCCAGUGUCUGCAGUAGUCCUACAGGCAGUCCCAAACCUAAGACCCUUGGGCUGUCCCCAGCUCAGAAAUCCAGUCUCAUUACUGCCACACAACUACUGAAGACACACAUGCAGCGCUCAGGAACUAUGCUAACACACAAACAGGCACAAGCUCAGUUUGCUGCUUUUAUGAAGCAUAAUAUGCUUGUGAGGAAAAGCAUUCCUCCUGGCAGCCCUUCAUGUCUUUUCGUGCCAGUACCCAGUGACCAGGUUGAGGGUUUGGACCGGGAUGAUCUCAGGUUUCACCUGAAGAGGAGACAAGCUCCUAGCCCAACACCCACCAAAGCCUCUAAACGAGCUAAGAUCAAAGUUACAAUCGUUUCCCAUGGAGAUUCAGCGGCGGGGAGCACGGCUGGUUCCUCGGCUCAGGAAGUGGGUUUAUCAGGAAAGCCCCUUGGAUUGACAGUGGGCCAGACGAUAUCAGGGGCUAAAGAACUAUCAGAGCUUCUCACUGCACAAAGGUCAGGUGGUUUAGCAGAGGUGUCUGGAGCUUUGGGUUCUAAUGAUGGGUCAUUUCACAGCAUACAAGGGAGCAUCAUUUCAGGUUCUUCCUCUCCUAUUCAGGCUCAGGCCUCUGCUUCAGCACAAGCUGCUUCAGCAAGUAGUCUGCUGCAGGGUCUCAGCCUCAGUCUGCAGGAGAUCAACACAAAAUCGCCAGGCGUACCCUCCACCACACAGGGGUUGAGCGCUCUUAGCCCAGGAAGCGCUUUAUCAAGGACAGUACCAGUCGUGUCUACUGGCUCCGGGCUGACCAAAACCACAGCGAUCCAUCAACUUCUCACCAACAGCGGUCUGGCCAAGCUGGCCAACAGUCUGCCAGGACUGGCCCACGUGUCCGGUCAGAGCACGGGGCUGAAAGCUCCUACCACUAUCACUGUGACGUUGCGAGGACAGCCCAGCAGAAUUCCCUCUCUCGGCCACACGGGGACGACAGCACCUUCUCACAGCGCACCUGAAAACCAGUGACCAGGAUCUGUUAUGGAAAGCUGAAACGUUCAUAACUGGCAAUGCUCAAAAGAAGGCAAAGGAAAAGAAUCAUACACAUAUAAAGACUCAUAGCUCAAAUACAUUUAACGCCUGCACGAGCGGCAUGUACUGUGGAUUCUUCUUGCUCAAAACUGAAGAAUAGACUUUUUAGUAAUCAUUAUUAUUAUUAUUAUUAUUGUAAUUUCAUGGAAUAUUUUAUUUUAACACCUCUUUUUUUAAACCCUGUUGGAAAAAAUAUUUAUUAUUUCUCAUUCUUCAUAAAUAUAAGAGAAUCAUUUUCUUGGCUUUCUAGUUCUAGUAAAUAUUAAGUUUCCCAGCACAGUUACAUUUACUUGGGGAAAUGUUUCUUGGUUUGUUUAUUUAUUUAACACCAUUCCAGCAUCUAUGGACAAUUUGGCAUAUCCAGUUCACAUUGCCUGCAUGUAUUUGGAUUGUGGGAUGAAACCGGAGUACCCGGAUUAAAACUCACACUGACACAGGAGAACAUGCAAACUCCACACAGAAAGAUCUCCUGAACCAACCGCGGCUCAAACAGGGGAUCUUCUUGUUAUAAGGCAACACCCACUACAAAGCCAUGAACAGCUGCUGCUGCACCUGAAAUUUAAAAUCAUGUGCCAUUUUUUUUAUUGUGUGUGAAAGUGAUUUGUCUCCUCUGUAUUUUCAAGAAAUCCUAUUGGAUCAUUCAUCUACAGACUUUUAUUAAGGCAUCAUUAACAACAUUACAGUAUGUCAUGGUUCAAUUUCCAGGAUUACAAAUAAAAUGUAAACCUUGUAAAGUACAGCUUUGCAUAAAACCUUCAAAUGUAAAUGCAUUUUUUUAAGAAGCUGUCCUUCAAAUAACCAUCAAGAUGACAACCAUGGGCAUUAUAAUGGGUCUGUCAAAUAAAGUCACUAUUAAGUCUAAUUGUUUCCAUUGCUUUGUAAUAAAGGAGACCAAUCGAGGUCAAAAAUCAUA